AUGCAGGGUCAGGGCCUCAUGCAGGGUCAGGGCCUCAUGCAGGGUCAGGGCCUCAUGCAGGGUCAGGGCCUCACGCAGGGUCAGGGCCUCAUGCAGGGUCAGGGCCUCACGCAGGGUCAGGGCCUCAUGCAGGGUCAGGGCCUCAUGCAGGGUCAGGGCCUCAUGCAGGGUCAGGGCCUCAUGCAGGGUCAGGGCCUCACGCAGGGUCAGGGCCUCAUGCAGGGUCAGGGCCUCACGCAGGGUCAGGGCCUCAUGCAGGGUCAGGGCCUCAUGCAGGGGGGUCAGGGCCUCACGCAGGGUCAGGGCCUCAUGCAGGGUCAGGGCCUCAUGCAGGGUCAGGGCCUCACGCAGGGUCAGGGCCUCAUGCAGGGUCAGGGCCUCAUGCAGGGUCAGGGCCUCAUGCAGGGCCCUGCCCCUGCCACCCACCCUCCCCCCCCGCCCCUGCCCCUGCCCCUGCCCCUGCCCCCCGGGCUCCCUUUAACAGCACCGGGCACACAACAUGUCGCUGCUGGGUCCACUGCCGCCGUCGAUGACACCGAGUGA